GGUGACGACUGUGGCGGAGAAGGCCUGGAGGGGGUCUGCGUUCUGGAGUGGCGCUGCUUGGGCCCGUGGCAGGUUGCAGGCUGCUGGUGCUGGGGCUGAAGAGAACGGCGAGUGGGUUCGGUGUUGCCCGUCCGGGUCUCCGCAACGAUGAGUGCUGCCAGGGAGUCCCAUCCGCACGGGGUGAAGCGUUCAGCCUCCCCAGACGACGAUCUUGGAUCUAGCAAUUGGGAAGCAGCAGACUUAGGUAAUGAGGAAAGAAAACAAAAGUUCUUGAGACUUAUGGGCGCAGGAAAGAAAGAACAUACUGGACGUCUUGUUAUAGGAGAUCACAAAUCAACAUCUCACUUCCGAACAGGGGAAGAAGACAAGAAAAUUAAUGAAGAACUGGAGUCUCAAUAUCAGCAAAGUAUGGACAGUAAAUUAUCAGGAAGAUAUCGACGACAUUGUGGACUUGGCUUCAGUGAGGUAGAAGAUCAUGAUGGAGAAGGUGAUGUGGCUGGAGAUGAUGAUGAUGAUGAUGAUUCACCUGAUCCUGAAAGUCCAGAUGACUCUGAAAGUGAUUCAGAGUCAGAGAAAGAAGAAUCUGCUGAAGAACUCCAAGCUACUGAGCACCCUGAUGAAGUGGAGGAUCCCAAAAACAAAAAAGAUGCAAAAAGCAACUAUAAAAUGAUGUUUGUUAAAUCCAGUGGUUCAUAACUCCCAAACACUUAGUCUUUGUAUUAAAAGUAAGCCUUAUUGUUAUAAUGCACAGUGGAGGACUGCUUAUAGAGCACAGACCUUUGUAUUAUAAUUUUUAAAAAGGCCCUUUUAAAUAAUUACAAAGAGUGUUUGCUUUCAAAUGCCAUGGAUUACACUUUUAUGGGCAUGACUAUUAACCAUUUUUGUAAAGAGUAAGAGUUGUAUAAAAUAAGAAAUAAAUACAAUACUCAAUUUCUUUUCAUAUUAGCAUCAUCAAACCUCUAAUCUCACCUUUUUACCCCUUCAGAUAGUUACGGGGGAGACACUUUUGUGGUAGCUGUUUCAUCUUUUUUGUUCCUUCAUAUUUUUCUCUUAUAAGAAGUUUAUCUGAUACUGUAAUGUGUUCAUGAAAAGUAUUCAGUUAUUAUACUUUGUUGUAGUAGAACUAUUCAUCAUGGAUAUUUCUGCUGCCAAUAACAGUCUAAAUUGUUUGCAAAAGAUUAGGUACUUAGUUUACUCUUCCUGAUUCAGCUCUACUCUUUUGGACCAAAGCAACAUGAGAGCAAAUACUUUCACACUGGUUAAGAUGGAGUUGCAACUAUCAUACAUUUUGGAAUGCUAUGAUCCCAAGCAGUCUUUAUAUAAUUUGAAUUACAUUGUAUGUUAGAUUUUUGAUAAAUUUGGCCAAUUUUUACAGAAGAAAUUAUUUCUCUGAGUAUUUGGUCCUGUUUAGGAAUAUGUAAAACUGGAUUUUUUUUUUUAUGGUAAUAUGUGACCAAAGUUAAUUUUCUUCCUAAGCCCUCAAUAAAGAAAAGCAGUUUCCCAUA